AUGUUUAAUGCAGAUACCUUGAUCAAGGAUAGCUACUCUAAGUUCCGUGAUGCUGUGUACCAGGUCAAAUCGACAGAGGGUGUGAGAACUAUCAUCCCGUCGUCACUAGUCAGCGAGCUCAAGGGUCUCCCAGAAGAUACUUUGAGCGCGAGGACAGCUGUUGAAGAGGCUAUGUUGAGCGAAUAUACCAACCUCUGCGCGGGAUCUCACGCUGACACGCUGUCCCUACUCUUGAAGUGUAAGAUGACUGGACAAUUGGCAAGGAUGACGCCACAGCUCAAAGAGGAGCUCGAGCACAUCGUCGCCACCGAGUUUCCCGAGUGUCAAGAAUGGACUCCCUUCAAGAUACAGCCUUUCAUGAUCCGAACGAUUGCCCGUCUAAGUGGGCGUAUCUUCGUUGGACCACUGCUGAACCGGACAGAGGAAUGGAUGGAUGUGAGCAUCAAUUUCGCCAUCACCGCCUUCAUCGCGGUUAUCAAACUACAAUUCUUCCCGCCGUGGAUGCGCCCUGCAGCACAAUACUUGGUUUCCGAGCUACGCACGAUCCGAAAAGAUUUGGGAAGGGCACAGGCGAUGCUUACGCCUGUUAUCGAGGAGCGUAUCCGUGACGCAGAGACCCCCGGGUACGAUAAACCUGACGACUUUGUUCAGUGGUUGCAGGAUGCCUUGCCGGAAGAUCAGAAGACAGAUUUCUAUAUUCAGGCCAAGAUACAGCUACUACUAAGUGCAGCAUCGAUUCACACAACGAGUAAUCUGACAACGGACUGCAUUUACGAUCUAGCCGUGCACCAAGAUAUGCAGGAGAUACUUCGCGAAGAAGCGUGUGAAGUAUUAAACGACGAUGAGGCCUGGGAGAGGAAGGAUAGCAUGGGCAAGCUGAAGAAACUUGAUAGUUUUAUCAAGGAGUCUCAGCGACUGUCUGGUAACGUCACAUCCUUCAUCCGCAAAGUAAUGAAGCCAGUCGAUCUGUCCGACGGAACGCACCUACCAGCGGGCACCAAUCUUCUCGCGCCUAUGGCCGGCGUCGCUGUCGACCCGCGAUACUAUCCAGAUCCCGAAGUCUUCGAUGGGUUGCGAUUCUGGAAACUCCGACAACAUCAACGUUCAUCCUCCUCAUCCUCUUUCUCUUCACCUGCAUCCUCUACCACCACCCUACCAACUUCAACUUCAACGACGACAGACGAACCCUCUACGAACGCAAACGGGCGAUGGCAGUUCACCAGCAUCGGUGACACAGCCAUGAACUUCGGGCUGGGCAAGCACGCGUGUCCGGGCCGCUUCUUCGCCGGCUGCGAGAUCAAAAUGGUCCUCGCGUACCUACUGCUGAAUUACGACAUGAAACUACGGGACGGCGAGGGCCGGCCGGCACCCAACAUGUUUAUGAUGACCAAGAGUCCGAGUAUGACAGCCGAGGUUUUGUUUAGGCGGAGAACGACAAUUUAUUCUUGA